AUGUCAACGAUCCUCAUCACCGGCGGCGGCCGCGGCAUCGGCUACGAGCUCGCCAAGCAGCUCGUGCGGCUGCCCGCGUCCGAGGUCGCCCUCGUCCUCGUCACGGCGCGCGGGCCCUCGAAGCUCCUCGACGGGCUCGUCGCCGCCUCGGCCGGCCGCGUCCUGCGCUUCCACUGCGAGGCCACCGACGAGCAGUCCGUGCAGGCCUUUGCCGCGGAGCUGGACACCAAGCUCGGCGGCAAAGGUGUCGACAUUCUCGUCAAUAAUAUCGGAGUCAUGCCCAUUACAGAGGGCGGCAUGCACGCGCUCGAUGCCGCGGAGCUGCUGAGCACCUUUGACAUCAACGUCGUCAGCGCGCACCGCAUGACGGUCGCCAUGAUUCCGCUUCUGCAAAAGGGCAGCGGCAAGAAAAUCGCCAAUGUCUCUACCCCGCUGGGAUCAAUCGAGUACGCGAGCCGGUACACGUGGCUCAGCACGCCGGCCUACAAGGUGACCAAGGCGGCGAUGAACAUGAUGACGGCCCAGUACGCCUUGGAUCUCGGCAAGCAGGGCUUCACCGUCGUCGCCGUGUCUCCAGGGUGGCUGCAAACCGACAUGGGCUCCAAGGACGCCGAUCUCGACGUGGACACGGGCGUGAGCGCGCUCAGGAACCUCAUCCUGUCGACCAAGGAGGACGCCAACGGCAAGUUCUUCAACAUUCACGUUCCAGGGUGGGAGAAUGCCAAGGGCCCGAAUCAAUACGACGGUGCCGAGAUUCCGUGGUAG